UUCACUCAGUCUGGGAGGAAAAGACAGCUGCCUUCUGCUUAGUCUAGCCUGGAUUCUGUUUGACUGAGGACAGCACAAAUUUUUUUUUUAAUCUAGAACUAGACCUUGGAGAAUAAGAUGCAUAUGGGAGUGUUACUAAUUUUAUUUUAUUAUAGCACUGCCUAUGUUACUGCAGCUAUUAGACAUAAUAAAGUGCUUUUCCCAGCUGCACAAAGAACAAGGCGAUCAUCAGGAUUCUUGGUUAAUCCAGUGUUUCAGAAUUCCCUGAAAGAAGUAGAAUUGCUUUAUGAGUUUCUUUUCUCAGGUCUUGAACUAGACAAAAAAUUGAAGAUUUCAGUAAAAGAUGAAGAACUUGCAUCGUUGAGGAUAGCAACCAAACUGGACGUGCUCUGCAAUGAUAUCAUUCCUAAGACCAUUCCGGAGAUUAAGAGACUGAACUCUGCAUUAGUGACCUAUGCUACUCCAUUAACAAAGGAGGACUUUGAGAGAACUGUCCUAACAAUGGUUUACAUAGCUUACCAGGCUGCUCGAGUUCCUGGUAGCAGUAAAGAUAUCUGGGCAGAUUCCUUUCUAAAACUUUACCAAGCACUAAAAAAAGAUUUAAAGGAAUACUGAUGUUCUGUUGAAACUACUGAAAAAACCCAUAGAUUUAUAGUUGCAAUUAAGCUUACAUUUUGUAUAUUUUCAUUGAAUUUUACCUUUCAUUUGGAUUAUGAAUGUUCCUUGCAAGCAGCAUGCUUGCAUCUUACCAUUCAUAUAUUCCUCAGUAUCAUAAUCCUCUAACUGUACUGCAGAAUGUUUGUACAUUUUAUGACCAUUAAGGUUUUGCAUGCACAUUUUUAUGGUAUUUGUCUGUUUAUGCAAUUCAUUAAGAACUGAUUCUUUGUACAAAUUACCUUAAAAAUGAAAUUUAAUUUAAUAUAUGCCAUAUACAUUCUGCAUUCAUGUUGCACCUUCAUAUUCAUUUGUCAUAUUUUGUCUGAGUUACAAAUGUCCAAAUUUCAAUAUACAAUUUUAGAAUUCUGUGUGCAGAAUCUUUUGACAGCCACACACUCAGAAAGGUCAUCCAUGGAUUCAUUAGGACCUGUGUAGAACAAUGUCAUUAGCCCUAAGUAUUUAUGUGUCCUGGAUGUGUGCAUGCUAAAAGUCAUUCAUCCCAUUACUGCCUACAUGGUCUACUGUCUACAUGGCUACUUUAUGAUUCAGGCUAACUUUCAUAUAGUAAGGGAGUACCGAGCAUGUCAGAACCAAGUGAUGACCAGCUGCAUGUCUCUGCCUCUUUCUCCCAUCCCCUUUGGAAGUAUUAUUUUUGCAAUUUUUACCAUAUUUUAUUAUACUUGUUUGGGUUCUGUGAUCCUGAGUUCAUGUCGCCUCUGUGAAGGUAUGCUAUAGACACUGAUCUCAAAUGAAUGACAUCACUCUGUUUGCCAUUGUGGGCUGUAUUUUAUACUUAAAGCUUGUCCCUCAGAAAAUGCCACAUGAUAUACUGCUUAUGUUAUUUACUAUGUCAUACCUUUGCCAUCACAGUGUGUUUACUGUAGGUACUCAGUGUUAUGCUUUAUUACUUUAUUUUCAGUGCUGUCCCUCUCUGUAGGCGUGUUAUCCAUUCAAUGGUCAAGGAUUAUGUUGUGAGCAUGCUGCAGGUGUGUAAUGCUCCACAAGAUUCUUCCACGAUGCAUUCUCUUACAAAUGCUUUAUCAAACUAGACACGUACAUUCUUAAACGUUAUUUACUCUUUGAAGUUCUCUGUGACAGUAUGUGCCUUACUGUAACAAUGCUGUUUUGGUCAAGGUAGGCUCAGUACCUAUAUAUUCUGAAAGCCUACAUUACCUCUAAAAUUGAAAUAAGGCAUACCUUUCUGUCUGCUAUUACAAUAUAUUGUCACAGGACUGUGAGACUUGCUCACUUCAACUUCAGUUACCUAAAAGAAAGGGGCAGAUAAUGUUGAUUCAACAGCCCAUAUCAUACACUGCUUGAUAUUUUUCAAAAUAAUACAGACUUGCAUUCUGACACAUUUUUCCUUAUAAAAUAGUGCUAUAAUGCCCACAUGAGAGCAGUAAUGAAUUCCUUACAGACUCUCUAUUUGAUCCUGCAUAAUCUUAGAAAAUGAACCAUUCAUUAAUGUGUUUAAGUAGUGAAUGGAGAAAUUCCAGAAGUAAGGCACUAUGUGGCAGACUGUACUUUGUAACGCCUCUUGCUGAUUUCUAGAAAUUUCCGGUCAUAUGUAGCUACACCUCUGUAAUAUUUUUCUCAACAAGCAGUGCAUGGAUUAUUUGUUUCUACACAAAAUUACAAAGCUUCUCAGUAAUGAACCUCCAUACUGUACUAGAUCAUGGCUUCUGUACUACAAAAUCUGACAAGCUCUGUUAGCAUUAUUGUGCAGAGUUCUGUCUGCAAGAUUUUCCACAUUCUUGCAGGUAUGGUCUCAAUUUCAUCAGUCUUCUUUUUUAUAAGUGAGCACUAGAAUUUAAUUUUAGUUACUGCUUUAUCACUUUAGGUGCUUUAAGAGCCUCUGUCAGUCUUACUGUCCGUGUGUCUGUCUCCCUGCCUUUUUUGUCACCCUUAUUUUGAGCUGCCACUGCAAUAAAUAUGUACUAAAUGGGUCUUAUGGAUACAGGGACAGAUUCAUGAAGACUGACCACUGAUGCACUAGAGCCAGGUUCUGUAAUUCUGUUGGCCUGACAGGCUAUACUGAGAUGAAAUUCAGGACAGGAGUGGCAUGGGUUGUGUUUUGGAGAACAGAGCUUAGGACGGUCUGCAGGUUAUGUGGCAAAGUCCACCCUGCCUGUAAAAUGAUGUGUGUGACUCAUGAAGACAGUUUUUAUUUAACUCAUCUGCAGAGUCUGACCAUAUACAGAGUGGGUGGUAGAACAUACCUGGUCUCAGGAGCUAGCAGUGUUUUCCGACUGUAGUGCUGUUAAGGUGAAACGGAGGUGAGCAACACACUCCUAUAACCCGGAUAUCUGUAAGGGCAAGGAUAACUGUGUUAGUUGACAGACUGUGAGCCACACUGCUUGUGGCCUGCACUUAUGUGAGACAGUGGCCUCAGCAUAAUUCUAUUGUUUUGCUAAUUGUUUGGUGGUGGAUGUCUUGGGGCAGCUGUAUCCACUGACUGUGGGAUUGCUGGUGUAACUGAAGGAUUCCUGUCAUUGAUAGUGAGAUCAUAUUACUAGCUGUUGUGCUCUAUUUACCAAUAUUCUAAAUAUGUGAGAAUCUGAGACUUUUACUGUGAGUAACUAGUGGGAAGGAUAUGGCAGUAAAGGACACUGACCUUUGACAGAGAUAAGGAGGGAAAUGAGCAGAGGACACUGAUAGGACACUCACAGCUAUUGGAUGAGAGGUUCAUAGGUUCAUAGGCUCAUAGGUAGAUACUAGGCUAUCUGCCCUAGGGCAUUUAUAAGCCUAGCCAGAGUGU